UUCUAUAAAGUAGAUGAUCGGUCAGAAAGUUUCUCAAUCCCUCUUCAGACUGUACAAACCCUGGCCGUGCUUACAUCUCCUUCAAGAAAAAUGGCACCCUUUCGAAAUGCAGGACCAAAACAAACCCUUUCGUCAUCAUCUGGAGAAGAAGAAGAAGAAGAAGAAGACACAUCAUCAUCAGAAGGAGAAGAAGCAGAGCUAGAAAAAAGUAAGAUUUCCACUUCUGCACCCAAAAAACCCUCCGCUCAAAACCAACCAAACACAUCUAAAACCCGCCCCUCACAUCCCCAACCCUCGUCCUCAUCCAACUCCGAACCCGAUUCCCCGUCUCGUCCCGACCCGAAAUCAAAACCCAUUUCUAAGGCGGCUCCUACGAGGAAGGCUAGCGGCGCUGUGGAGGAAAUGGCAAAGAAAAAACAGUUGUUUGGUGAAGAUGAUGAAAUUACUAUUUUGAAGGGGAUGAUUGGGUUCAAGUCGGAGAAAGAGGUCGAACCCGGGUCUGACAUGAACGGGUUCCUCGAAUUCGUGAAGGAAUCGCUGCGAUUCUCCGGCGCUACAAAGACGCAGCUGUACGAGAAGAUGCGGAGGUUGAGGCAGAAGUACGAGAAUAAUGUGACGAGAGGGGAAAAAGUCGGCAAGGACCACCUAGUGUUUUCGAGAGCCCACGAGAAAAUAGCCUUCGACUUGUCCAAACAGAUAUGGGGGAAUAUUGGAGGUAAUGGUGUGGGAAGUGGAAAGGCAAAGGUUAAUGCGAGUGUGAGGAAGAGUGGAAGUCGAACCGGCAGUGUGGGUUUGCGGAAGGGCGGAAAAAAGAGGAAGGUUGAGAGAAUGGAAGUGGAUGCGGAGGUUGAGGCGCGUGCGCGGGGGUUUUGGUCAGGUGGUUUUUGUGGAAGCGUUGGUGGGUUGAGUUUGGGAGAGAAGAUUGUGAAGGUUGGGUUGGGGUUGAUUAGUGAUUCUAAUAAGGUGGAGUUCGAGGGGAAGUGCAAGAAGUUGAGGGUGGAGGAGACGGAGCUUUACUCGAAGAAGUUGGGCUUGAUUUGCGAGCAAAUGGAAGCGGUGAUAGAGGUGAUGAAGUCACAAGGGGAUUGAGGGUUUAGUCAGGUACAUUCUGGAUUUUUUUGUUGCUGAUUACUAAUGGUAAGACAAGGGUGUUAGGUUUGUUAUUGUUUUUGUGUCUCUAGCAUUUUGGCAAUGAACUGGUUAUGAUGAUUCUGUGGUAACUGGUCCUUUUUUGUGGUGUUCGUAAACAAUGCGAAAGGCAAGGGUUUUAGGUUUGGUGGUUGUUUUUUGUUUCUGGAGCCGUUCUGGGAAUUAACUGGUUAAUGAUUAAUUUGUAGUAUCUUUGUUUCUUUGCUAACAAUAUGCUCAUAUUCUCGGGGGUAUACCCUCUUUGCGUU